UUCCUGUUCCUUCAAGGAGGAGGAUUCCAUUUGGCUGCUAAGCAGUUCAAAUUCAGCCAGUAAGAGAGACAGCGAACAGACCAUUGCUCUGGAGGCCUGGGAAAGGUUUCAAACAGGCACACAUUGGACCAUCAAUACCAGCUGGCAACAGGAAUGAAUGAGCCCCAUCCGUGGUGGCAUCAUGAGCUCUGAUUUUAAAUAGAGAAUGAGAUGUGACACCAUGGGGAAACACUCUGAUGAGCUGAGUCUGGACAGAGCCUGUCAGGACACAGAGCUUCCAACUCCAGGACACUUUUCCUUGAGACCCCUGAGUCACCACCAUAGUUGAAUAGCUGCUCUAGUACCCAAGAGAUAGCUCUGGAGGAUUCUCAGAACCUGGGCCACCAGAGGGCCAGGCAGGGACAAAUUAGGUUAAAGGUGAAACCACUGGGUCUGGAGUCCUCGGAGCAAGCGGGGCGCGUUAGGGCAGGCUGGUGUUGACAGUAGAUGAGGAUGGCAUCCCAAUGAAUCUGGGAGGGAAGUGGGCUGCUCAGGUGGCCGGUCUAUUGCACAGGUGCGAAGCCAGAGGCCCAGGCCGGACGCGGUCCCAGCUCUUGUCCCCCCGCAGGCGGCGCCAGAGCGAAAGCCCGCCUCGUGACUCCGGUCCACAGUCCCGCCGGGCGGGGCGAGGGGCGGGCCCGGGAGCUUGGGCGUUGGAGCGCGGUCACAGUCACGCCGCGGGACGGACUCACGGACGAUCGCUCAGCUGGACCUUUCAGGGAUAUGGGGGAGCACGUCACUCGUAGCUGCUGCCUAGGCUGGGACUUCAGCACGCAGCAGGUGAAAGUUGUUGCUAUUGAUGCAGAGCUGAAUGUCUUUUAUGAGGACAGUGUGCAUUUUGACAGAGACCUUCCAGAAUUUGAGACUCAGGGUGGUGUUCAUGUGCACAAAGACAGGCUGACAGUCACCUCUCCAGUCCUGAUGUGGAUCCAGGCUCUGGACAUCAUCUUGGAGAAGAUGAAGGCUUCGGGUUUUGACUUCUCUCAAGUCCUCGCCUUGUCUGGGGCAGGCCAGCAACAUGGAAGCAUAUACUGGAAGACUGGGGCCAGCUUGGCACUGACGGCACUGUCACCAGACCUCCCAUUGCAUCAGCAGCUGAAGACUUGCUUCUCCAUCAGCGACUGCCCAGUGUGGAUGGACUCCAGCACCACAGCCCAGUGCCGCCAGCUGGAGGCUGCCAUGGGUGGGGCCCAGUCUCUCAGCUGCCUCACAGGGUCCCGCGCCUAUGAGCGUUUUACAGGAAACCAGAUUGCAAAGAUAUACCAGAAGAACCCUGAGGCCUACUCACGCACAGAGAGAAUUUCUUUGGUCAGUAGCUUUGCUGCUUCCCUAUUCCUUGGUUCUUACUCCCCCAUUGACUACAGUGAUGGUUCUGGAAUGAAUCUGUUACAGAUCCAAGACAAAGUCUGGUCCCAGACUUGCCUAGGUGCCUGUGCCCCUCAUUUAGAGGAGAAGCUCGGCCUACCAGUACCAUCAUGCUCAGUGGUGGGAGCCAUUUCUUCCUACUAUGUCCAGCGCUAUGGAUUUCCUCCAGGAUGCAAAGUAGUGGCCUUCACUGGUGAUAAUCCAGCAUCACUGGCAGGCAUGAGGCUGGAGGAAGGUGACAUUGCGGUCAGUCUGGGCACCAGCGACACCCUAUUUCUCUGGCUCCAGGAGCCCACACCUGCCCUAGAAGGCCACAUCUUCUGCAACCCAGUUGACCCUCAGCACUACAUGGCACUCUUGUGCUUUAAAAAUGGCUCCCUCAUGAGAGAGAAGAUCCGCAAUGAAUGUGCUUCCUGUUCCUGGAGUGAGUUCUCUAAGGCACUGCAGUCCACAGAGAUGGGGAACGGCGGAAACCUGGGUUUUUAUUUUGAUGUAAUGGAGAUCACCCCUGAAAUUAUUGGGCGUCAUAGGUUUAAUGCAGAAAACCAUGAGGUCCCAGCAUUCCCCAGAGAUGUGGAGAUUCGAGCACUGAUCGAAGGACAAUUCAUGGCCAAGAGGAUUCAUGCAGAAGGCCUGGGCUACCGAGUCAUGCCCAAGACAAAGAUUCUGGCCACAGGAGGAGCAUCUCACAAUAGAGACAUCUUACAGGUGCUUGCAGAUGUAUUUGGUGCCCCGGUGUAUGUCAUAGACACUGCCAACUCAGCCUGUGUGGGCUCUGCAUACCGAGCUUUUCAUGGUGGAAAAGACGUGCCCUUUACAGAGGUUGUGAAGUUAGCCCCAAAUCCAAGACUAGCUGCUACUCCAAGCCCAGGAGCUUCUCAGGUCUACGAGGCCCUUCUCCCCCGGUAUGCUAAACUUGAACAGAGAGUCUUGUUCCAGACCCAAAGGCCUCUGGAAUGAAUUCUGCAGGCCCAGGCACUCCUGCCCACCCCUGCCUGCCCAGAUUCACUGAUCCCACUUGGAGACACAGCCCUGAACAACAGGGACUGUCUUCCCUGUUCUGAGCCGCUCUUCCUGCUCAUGUUGACUCCUCAGAGUGCUCCUGCCCAUCCAGGAUCAUCCUGAAGCUGACUUCAGCACAUCUUCCUGAAGAUAUUUGGGCUGCCUGUGCCCUACGCCCUAGGUCGGGAGAGCAUCUCUCCUUUCCUGUCUUUCAUCCAAGGAUGCAGGAUAACACCAACUCUGGAAUAUAUCCACUAAAAAGUGUGACCUUUCUAUUUUCAAAGGCAAAAUGAAAGCUGAUCUUGGGACCUUAAUCAGCAGAAUGGGAGAGACAAUGCCUUCUGCCACCACCUACCCUGGCCCUGACUACGCUCACCAAGCACAGAUGCCCCACACUAUACCUUGACCCUGCUGUUCAUCAUCUUCCAUCACCCAGAGCCCACAGACACUUCUCUCCUAUACCCUGGUCCUCCCAGUUGUUUCUGCCCUGUUCAUUUUACCUUCCCAGGUGCCCUCCCAGGACUUCUCCUGUCCCACACCCUCCUUCCUUCAUGUGCUCACCCUUCUCUGCAUACGUCACUUGUCCCUCCCUUAUGGGUCACCCAGUUUCUCCCCACACCCACCUGGUGUAAUUCACCAUUUCCCACCUGAAAAGAACUAAUAGUCCUGGUGGACACACUUCUUAUACCUUCCCUCAGUUCUGCCCAGAGUCUACUAGACUCUGGGUCUGGUUGGGCCAUCUCCCAGGUGGUGGAUUUUAGGGCUCUCUUCUCUUUCUCAUUGCAGUUCAGUUUUUGAAGACAUUAUAUCAUGUUUCUGGGAGAAUUUUGCAAAUUCUUGAUUUCUUUUUUAUUUGGAGUAUUUUCAUCAGGUAAAGAACUGAUCUCACUUUCAGUUAUCUUCCUAUAUUUUUAUGGAUGUUGGGUUUCUUCUUCUCCACUGCUCCUGUUUUACUUUAUAUCUCUCUAUUUCUGGAUCAGUUAUUUGCAAAAGCUUCCAUAGAAAGUCCUUUGUGAUCUUACUCCUGUUAAAAUCCUCCAGAUUUUUCUUCUGUCACAGGCCUUUGCUGAUUCCAGUUAAACCAAAAUACUUGUGGGCUCAUCCAGAGUGGCAAGAUGCUGCAGGCAGGUCUGAGACCUGGUGGAUGAAUAGUGACUGGUGGAAACUCAAAAGGGAGAUGCUUAGACUGGGACUAGGACCAGAGCGUUACUUCUGUUAAGAAUUGAAGCCAUCCUGAAAGGGAGUGGUGUCCCUGGGGGGUUGGUGGGUGAAAAGGGAAAAAGGAAGCAAAAAUCAAAAGAUAACAGCCCAUCAGAUACAACAGCAACUCCAGGAUACAGAAGAAAACACAACUCCCUCAUCACCAUCUGGACAUUGCAUGUUAAAGAAAUUUUACAUGAAUCAAUAGAAAAGGGCUCUCUUGGACCAUGAAACAGAGUGAACUGUAACACAGCUCUCCAACAGAAAAUUUUAAAUCAAUUAAAAAUUCGUGGAUGUGAAAGAAAACCACAGAUCACAAAUUCAAAAACAAAAUGAAAAAGCUUUUCGAAUGUGGAAAAGAAUUUUAACAAAAAGAUAAAGUCAUAACAAUAUGGAGACUAAAUUCCAACAUAUCCAAAUGAAAGUAGAUAACAGCUGUAGUACAGUAAGGCUCAAAGAAGGCAGGAAUGAGAAGAAGAUAGGCCAAGAAGAGACAGCAUGGGUAAAUCGGAGCUCCUGAAGGAAAAAAGAAAAGAAAAAGAAAUUGAAAUGGUAUUAAUAUUUAGAACUCCCCAAAAGAAACUUCUGAACACUCUGAGCAAGUGCUCCAUGACUGAGCUACAUCCCCCACUCCUGAAACUAGAUCUUGAAAACAUCACUCUUGUCAUUUGUGGAAAUUGGCCCCAGAUGAUCAACUCUGAGACCUACUGCAGCAAACUAUUACAUGAUGAAGCUGAAAGAAAAAUUCUCCAGGCCAAAGAUCUAGUCCCUUACAGAAGAAGAUCAGAUUGGUGUCAGACUUCUGAACAAAGCAAAAUAGCAAUGGAGCGACAAUAUCAAAAAGUUUUUUUUAAAGUAUGAACUAUGGAUUUUUAUAUCCAGUUAAGCUGUUCUUUAAAAUUCAAAGAUACAGAAGGAAGUUUUAAUUAUGCAAGUGCUCAGGGAAUAUUAUAACUUCUACGGAAAGAGAAGCUUCAUCCAACUAGGAAAUGAUUGGGGAAACUUGAGCAAAAGUACAUCUUUAGUUGUAGAUCUGACAUCCAAAUGCAAGUGGGGGUAAGGGUGGAUGAAUAAUUUUAAAUGGUACAUGCUUUGUCUAGAGGUAGACAACUAGAAAAGUGGAAAAGAAGGGAGAGGGAAAAGGGAAAGUAUAAGAGUUCUUCAUGGCAUAAGCAAUAUGUAGGAGUCAUAUUUUUAAAAUUGACAAACCAAAGGUUUGAGGCUUAAGUAAGGUAAAAGGGGAAUUAAGAGCAUUAAAGUAUACUAUACUAUUGCCUUCAAUAGUAUAAUAUAAACAAUAUCAUCACUAGAAUAAAAGUGCAAAUCUCCCUCAAUAUCCAAAGAGACAAUAACUAAGUGGAAAAUGUAGUGAAUGUAGCAUCAUUCACAUAGUAAAUAAUAAAUCCAAGCAUGUGAAUCCCAUCAGUAAAUGUAUGUGGACUUCAUCCACCUAUUGAAAAGAAUUUCAGAUUGACUUACAAACCAGCAUGUCUGUUCUUUACAAGAGGCACACCUAAAAUAAGUGAUUCAGAAAGUCUUAAAAGUAAAGGAAUAGGCAAUAGCAUACCAGACAAACGGAAACCACAGAAGGCAAGGUUUACAAUUCAUUUCUUUUUUUUUUUUUAAUUGUCUUAAUUAGUUACACAUGACAGUAUAAUGAUCUUGACAUAUCGUACAUUUGAAUCAGAUGGGAUAUAAUUUCUCAUACAAUUCAUUUCUAACAGGGUAAAAUUCAGGAAAAGAAGAGCAUUAAGAUACUCAAUGCGAAAUAAAGAUACACUAAUUAUGAAUGUUAUAGUCUGAACUGCUCGGUUUGUGAACUUUGAAUGAUAUUCUUCAACUCCCACCUAUUUCCUGUGUAACAAAGAGUUCUUUGUACUUUU